UUGGCCCUAGUGACACACAUUCGCACUGGACAGGUGUGAUCCGAACGCAUGCGAUGCUAACCGCGGAAAAAAAAGAUUUUAUUACGUCUUCGUCUAUCAAGUAUGCCGUCAUUAACCAGGACCGCAGCAUUUCUUACGAGGUCCAUGGUUGCAGAAGCAGUCUAUGUGAUGAUUCGGAUAGUACUUCAAUGUCUACAACAAGCACCACGAGUGGUAUCGCAACGAAUUCCUGUAAUCAUGGAGGAGCUACUGUCAACGGUUCUUCAACCAACGCUGUAGGUGUAUAUAUCGGUGUGGCAGUUGGAUUACUGUGUGCAGUCGGAGCAGUAGUUGUCAUUAUUGUACUUUGGAGAAGAGGUGUUAUUCCAUGCAGAUUGCGGUCGAAACAUGACAAAACUAAUUCAGAAACACGCGAUUGUGCUUGCAAAUCUAAUGCAACUUAUGAAGAUGAAGUUCAAAAUCAUAACUACUUUAUAUUGGAAAAGUGCGCACACUUAGUGGACAAAAGUGAAGAUCAUAAGGACACAGCGUAUGAACCAAACAAAGGCAAUGCUCAGACAGACACUUACAAUUCAAUCGAUGAAGCAGAGGAACAUUAUCAGAGUAUAAAAGAUGAGUACGACUACACAAACAAUGCCUUACCCAAUAAAAGGAAACCAGACAAUGUAUACAACAAACUAAAGCAAGACCUUCCCGGAAACUAUGCUCACGUAAAAAGACCCGGGCAAACUAUUACCAAAGCAGGCAGCGACUACGAUACAACUGCUGUGGCGCCCAGGAAUGACGGGGACGGAGACUAUAAUCAUAUCCCGCAUCCUGAUAGAACAACGUGUGCCCGACGGAAUGGAUCAAAUGAUGACUAUGAUGUUAUCAAUGGAAAGAAGAUACAAUUUCCCCCAAUCGACUCUGCAGAUUAUGCACACGUCAAAGUUUAGAAAAUAAUUAAGUUAAUGAUUGAAUGAUACAUGUAAUAGAGCUUUGUGACGUACAUCUUCUGGGACAAAUACGCUGAAAAGUACAUUAUAAUCGUAUUGACUUUGCCUGCGUGAAUUUUGUAAUAUUGAUUUACUUUCAGUUGCUCCUGAUUUGGCUAUGCGUUGUAUUCUAGCUUCAUAGAAAAUACAUUACCAAGACAUGUUUUUCACAUUCACCACAAUUAAAGAACAACAAGGACAA